UAAACAGAGAGAGUUGUGGGUGAAUCAGAGGCUGAUCUCUGUUCUCUGUGCUCUGCGUUCUGUUCUGUGCUGGUGAAGCAGAAUCGACUCCCGCUCGGUGUGUGUGUGUGUGUGUGUGCGCGCGCGCGCGCAUGUGUGUGUGUUUGUAAGUGUGCGCGCGCGCGUGUGUGGACCCGGGGGCUGCUGCCUCCCUCCUCACGGAGACAUGAAGUACAGCGCGCGCUCCCUCUGCUCCUCGCCGGCGCGCUCUCCCAUCGGCGGCUAGCGCUCUGCCCGCGAGCCUGAUCAGCUGAAGUUGCGCCGUUUUUCUGACCGCCGCUCUCGCGCUCCGGGCUGGAACAUGUCUUGAGAAAGAGAAGCGUGGAUAAAGAUGACAGAUUACCGGGAGGAUGGCAUGGACCUGGGGAGCGACGCCUCCAGCCGCUCCGGCUCCGAGGCCAAUUCCAACAAGGUGACGCCAUGCUCGGAGUGCAAGUCCUCGCCCAGCCUGGAGCUGGCCGCCCUGGAGGACUACGAGGAAGAGGACGAGGACUACCAGCAGUACAAGAAGAGGGUCAUUGAGGACUGGGAGAGUGAGUACGGCACCGAUUAUGCCGACAACCGGGGGCCGGCCGAGGACGACGGAGCCUUGCGGAAGCCGGCAAACAGCCGCAGCCUGGCCGAGGAGCUCCAGGAUGUUAAGGGCCCUUCGCCGCCCCUGACAGGCCAAACCACGGCCACCCGGGCGGCUGCCGUGCCAGAGGAACUCAAGCAGAAUGGAAACCUGAUCCUGCCCAAUACUCACCACCUCUUGUCCCCAAGCUCUGGCGGGGGCAAGGGCCUGGCCAAGCCUGGACACAGGAGCCCCGGUGCGGGCGGAGGCGGCGGGACGGGGCCUGGGAGCUGCUACCGCCUCGGGGGUUACAGAGAGGAGAACGUGGUGGAGGAGUCUCAGCUCCCCACCAUGGACUGGGCGGCGCUGGAGAGGCACCUGGCCGGCCUGCAGUUCAGGGAGCAGCAGGAGAACCAGAACCAGGGCCUGGGCCGGACCAACUCCACCAACGCCCAAAAGAAUGAGCGAGAGUCCAUCAGACAGAAGCUGGCCCUGGGCAGUUUCUUUGACGAUGGGCCUGGCAUCUAUACCAGCUGCAGCAAGAGCGGCAAACCCAGCCUGUCCUCACGGCUACAGAGUGGCAUGAACCUGCAGAUCUGCUUCGUCAAUGACAGCGGGAGUGACAAAGACAGCGAUGCAGAUGACAGCAAGACAGAGACCAGCCUGGACACACCUCUGUCCCCGAUGAGCAAGCAGAGUUCCUCGUACUCAGACCGUGACACCACGGAGGAUGAUUCUGAGUCUCUGGAGGACAUGGACUUCCUCAGCAGGCAGAAGAAGCUGCAGGCAGAGGCUAAGCUGGCGCUGGCCAUGGCCAAACCCAUGGCCAAGAUGCAAGUGGAAGUGGAGAAACAGAACCGCAAGAAGUCUCCUGUGGCAGACCUGCUUCCCCAUAUGCCUCACAUCAGUGAGUGUCUGAUGAAGAGGAGCCUAAAGCCCACAGAUCUGCGAGACAUGACCCUAGGUCAGCUACAGGUCAUCGUCAACGACCUCCACUCACAGAUCGAGAGUUUGAAUGAGGAGCUUGUGCAGCUGCUGCUGAUCAGAGAUGAGCUUCACAUGGAGCAGGACGCCAUGCUAGUGGACAUUGAGGAUCUGACCAGGCAUGCUGAGAGCCAGCAAAAACACAUGGCUGAGAAGACCCUCUCCAAAUGAGCCCCAUUCGCAUCCCCUAACCUCCACCACCCUUCCCAUCAUGGCGUCAAUACAGAGAAGAGCCACUUUUCUUUUGCUUCUGUGGUUGUACAAAUACAAAAUGAUGGAGCACUUCCUGACAGGCGAAAAACAAAGUGUGAGUCUUGGAUACUGUUCCUGGCUUUCUGUGCAGUGAUUGGCCUUGCUUCUUAAUAGUCUUUAAUUUUAACUUUUUACAUUUGCCAGUAAAUUAUAACUGUCAAAAUACAGACAGAAAAAAAAA